AUGUCGUCGGGAAAACGUUACGAUAUCGCGAGCGAAAGUUCUUCGGACGAAGAUUACCGGCGCAGGAGGUAUAAGCAUUCGUACUCAAGUAACGAGAAGUUUGACGAUUACGACGAAGAUAAUUGUAAAACAUUGAAAAAGGCGGACAGGUCGUCGAGCUCGUUGGACGUGACGAUGAGAGGCGGCCGAAGCCAUUCGAAGAGGCCGUGUAUGAACAAGAACGCUCAAGCAGCCAGAGAAAACAGAAUACGGAAGAAGAAACACUUGGAACAGAACAGUGGCUUGGCAGAGUUCACACGGCUGUUGGGGAAAUUAUUAAAAGUCCAUGCAUAACAAGUUUGGAUUAUCGGAGCUGCGGUUGGACCUAUUGAGUAUUGAAUUAAUUUCAACAUGUCCACAGGUUGAGUAUGAGUAUCGACAUGAUUCUUAUGUAAAACUAAACAUACUUAAGAUUACAAAAACUUGACAAGUAUU